UUGUGACUCGAUACGGCGAUGGCGUUCCGACAGUUCACUACAUGCAGGAUAUUUCAAUAGAAUUUUAUGCAUUAGCGCUCUUUUUUGUCUGAUGUUUACUAAGUUGUUCACAGUAUAAGCAGAGUGCGACUUAAUAAAUUGGUUUAUGCAUGCGGUAUGGUAUUGAUGAGUUUACCCAAAAUGUGGUCAUUGAACAGCUCCAUUCAUGUACACUAAAAGUAAAACAGUACAGAGUCGGUAGGGCUUUGACAUUGACAUACCACUACCAGUGUUUACCAUUUUCAGUGGAUUAAUCUCCCGGAUUAGCCUGCAUAGUGGACAUUGCCACUGGCAAGUCACUUCCAGUUCCAGUUACAGUUCCAGUUACUAUCCUGGGUCCUGGUAUUGUGCCCAGAUUUCUGUGGAUCACUGGAUGUAUUGGUUGUUGCGUGUAUGAGGAUACAUUGUAUGAUGCCAGGCAAUGAGAGGAUAACUGUAUGGCAGAUUAUUUGGAAGAUACUGGUGCUAUGCAUCGGUGCCAAUCAAAUACUUCAUUUGCAAGUGGUUGGUGAUUCUGUACUACAAGAAUACAAGGAUUCCAAGCCAGCAGCAGCACCAAAGACAUAUCGCUCUGUGAGGAAGCCUGGCGUCCUAGAAUGGAUACAGCGAAGAAAAAAGGAGGAAUUUAUCGCUCAUCUACGGGCGCCGGUUGAGGAAAGCUACUGGGAUGGGGGAGAUUUCAUCAUCAAAGUCUCCAACAAAGACACUUUUAAAGUCCGGCGGGCGCCUGUGCCAAAAUUCGGCUCGCCUUGGCCCCUUCCUCAGUUUUAUAAGUCAUCUCCCGUUAUAUUUAUGUUGGAUCAGGAAAGUUUUCAGUUUCGUGCUGUGAAGCAAAGCUGUGAUGUCCUAGAAGAAGCUUUCAAACGAUAUAGGAGGUUAAUAAUUGAUCAUUUUGGGGUAACUUUGGGACCGACGGACCAGAUAGAGCGCAAACUUCAGCAGUCGGGAAAGGUUUCGCUGCUUUCCCAGGUGGAUGUUGCAGUUACUAAACCAUGCACUGAGUACCCUUCUCUAGAAAUGAAUGAGGAAUAUACAUUGCAUAUAUCAGAAGUAGGUGCCUUUAUAUCUGCCAAUGAAAGCUGGGGAGCUUUGCGAGGCCUGGAGACAUUUAGCCAACUUGUAUACCAAAUAGGAGAAAAUAAGCUAUUUAUCAAUAAGACUGUGAUAAGAGAUUUUCCUCGCUUCAAACACAGAGGGGUGCUAAUAGAUACUGCUCGACACUUUUUGCAUAAAAGAACACUUUUAAGGAAUCUGGAUGCCAUGGCUUAUAAUAAGAUGAACGUAAUGCACUGGCAUAUUGUUGAUGACCAGUCUUUUCCAUUUGAGAGCAGAGUGUUUCCAAACCUCACACUCAAGGGUGCCUAUGAUCCUCGUACUCAUAUAUAUACUCAUGAAGAUAUUGGCGAAAUCAUAGAAUAUGCAAGGCUACGAGGUAUCAGAGUCAUUCCAGAGUUCGACACCCCGGGUCACGUGCGAUCAUGGGGCUACGGUCACAGAGAGAUCCUCACCCCCUGCUACGAAGGGAACAAGCCUGAUGGUUUCUACGGUCCAAUCCAUCCAACGAAAAACUACACAUUCGCAUUCCUUAAAAAGUUAUUCGGAGAAGUCGCGAGUGUAUUUGCUGACCGUUAUAUUCAUCUUGGGGGAGAUGAAGUGUCCACAAGUUGUUGGUUUUCUAAUCCGGAUGUGAAAGCUUUUAUUGAAAAACAAGGCAACGGCCAAGUAAUGCAGUAUUACAUACAAAAUUUGAUUAAUACUGUUUUGUCGGUGGGAAAAUAUAGAAAACAAGGCAUAGGCAAUAUCGUGUGGCAGGAGGUUUUUGAUCAUGGGGUACAGCUCAAUCCCGAUACAAUUGUCCAGAUCUGGAUGGGGGGUGCAGAGAACCUCCAACGUGUGAUUGGCCAAGGUCAGCGCGCCAUAUUUUCAUCGUGUUGGUACCUAGAUCACGUCCACUACGGUAUCGAAUGGCCGCGACACUACCUCUGUGAUCCGCUAAAUGAAGAUGAUCAAGAAUACGGAGGUUUUCUGCGUCGUCAUAUUGAUGAAUCUAAGAUGGUGGGUGGUGAAGCGUGUAUGUGGAUGGAGUAUGUGGAUGAUACUGAUCUCAUAUCUAGAUUAUGGCCUCGCGCCUCUGCCAUUGCGGAGCGGUUGUGGAGUAAUAAGUUUGUGAGGAACAUCAACCAGGCAGCACCAAGGUUGGAGGAACAUAGGUGUAGGAUGAUAUACCGAGGUUUCAAUGUGGGUGUCCUGAAUGGCCCAGGACACUGCAAACAGAAGAUUGGGAAGGAGCUCCCCCCCGACAUUGAUACAGGUGGUAUGCGCCCAAAGCAGACACACAGCUUUGAUUCACAAGAGCAAGUGUUAAACAGGCUGUUUAAGCCAGUUGACUACCAAGACAAUAUGGUCAACGAGGUCAGAAUACCAUCAUUAGAGGACAACUUCAACCAGAUGCCAUGGGUGCAGUCACCGUUCCUUUACAUCCUCAUCCUCUUCAUUGGAUUGGCUGUUAUCUUCGUCAUGGUGAUGCAACAGCGUGGUUUCCUCCACAGCCGGGCUCCGGGAAAAUGGCGCAUGUUCCUCAUUCCACCCGUCCGACGAAAAAAUCUUGUCAUUCUGUUAGUCGCAUUGAUUGGGUUUUAUGCAGUCUGGUCACUGCCGAUGAUAAUUCAGACAGUGAGUGCAGGGGGCGCUGUGAAGCGUGUCGAUAUGAUCGAGGAGGUCCAAGCAGCUGUGCGAAAAGUGAAACCUUGAUAAUAAGUUUUACAAAUUGUUACAAAUUUGACCAUACUAAGUCAGUGUUUGAUGUUUGCGAGUUUUUAAAGGGUAGCAGUGUGAGUACUGAUUGGGAGCUUUACCGAGAUUUAAAAAUAUCCCAUUAAGUUUGGAGUUGUUCUGGUUGGAGGUCGUGUGUAGGCAGGUGUCUUGCUCAAGGAUACAAAGAUUACUUUGAAUAUGUACUGAGCAACACUCGCAUCUGCUGGGUUAGUCAAAAGGCACCUCCUAGGUACCUGAGGUAUCAAAAAUUUCAAUCAAAAGCUGAUAACCGGAUUUAAAAACCACAGUCGUGAUUCAAGUCAAUAUGCAGGUUAUGGGCUACAAGACAUUUGCUGGACUCUUUCGUCAAGCAAUUUUUAAAAAGGGGUCAAAUACACUUCUUUCAAUUCCUUUCCCCCUCCCCCACCGAAUUUCACCAGCCACAACAGGUUCAGUGUGUCUGUUGUGGCCCGCAACUUGUAUAGUAAGUCGAAUCACGCCGCGAUGACAGACACAUUUCUUGUACAAAUGGCAAUAGUGAUAUUUCAGAAUCAGAAUUUAUUAGUAACUUAAUAUAGUGUAGUAAAACCUAGCAUUAUUUUCUCAUGUAAUCAACAUUGUCAUCUUUACAGGGUGUGUCAAAACAUGAAUGAGGAGAAUUGUCUAUUUCUUGACACCGGGCGUGGGUUCGGGUUAAAGAGUUGGGGCCUUAAAGGUGGCUCCACUUUACGUGGUUCUUGAAUAUGGUAGUGGAUUGCACUUAAAACUGUACAGCAAUUGCAUGUGUAAAUAGAUAGCAUAUUAUGGGUCUUGAAUAACAUUGAGCAGGCUCAGGCUCCUUUUUAGGAACAAUCAUGUUAGACAGUCGGCAAAGUUUUAGUGAGAGGUGUUUGGUAAAACUUUAUUGGUGCCAUAGUUGUGGAAGAAAAGGGCAUUGAGACAAAACUCGGCUGAGUCACAUUUUCCUGAUUUUGAGAAAAAAGGGCGUAACAACCCGGUAAAAACCUAAGGCAAAAAUAAGUUCUCAAUAAUAAUUCUGAGCAGUUUCAACGCCCCGGACAGGUGUUGAUUAGAACUACCUUGACUUCGGUGAAAAUUUUACAUAGCCUGGUUUAUAUGGCUCUAAUCUUCAAUUUUGUGGACUAUUCCGUUCAAAUGAGAGAAUUGUUUGUUACACCAGUGGUGGGUUUUUUUUUCAUGUGCAUUCCAAAAGAUUUGUUGGACCUGUUUUGACCAAAAGAUGUUGUAAUAAAUCGUUUCUUGUUAUUUAGAACUUACACCAUGAUGUAAUGAAUAAAGAAAAGCUGUUUCUGUGAAACGGCUGGUGAAAUUGUACAUAUUCAGUAUCGGAUGCCUGGGGAUUCGUUAAUUAUUGAGAGAAGAACAUUAUCAACUCUUUUAAACAAGGGAGCACUGCUUUAUACCAACUUUAUGCAUGAUUGAAGGACGCAGUUCUCUGUAUAUGAUGUCCUUGAACCUGGAUUGCUUUGCAGUGCUCCCAAGUUCGGGAAUUCAAAUCUCCAGAGUGUUGUGGUCAGCAGGUGAAUAGCUUCAUAUCAUGUGAACAAAUGGUGAAACCUUCCAACCACCGCAACUAGUUAAGAAAGUCAAAACUUUUCUUGAAUCUACACUUUAGUCAAUUUUUUGUAUGCAUGUAUGUAUGACAAGGAUAUUUUCUGUAUAAAUUAGAACUUUUCAUGUGCUAUCCUGUUAACUUUCUGUAAAUGAAUAUAUGAGGAAGAUAUUUUCUGUAUAAAUUGGUUGUUAUCAUCUUCCUAAUAAUAAAUACAAUGCAUUAAGAGUAACUUUUGUUCAGGUAAAGUCGUUGUGAUAUCUAUUACGUUUAUUUCAAUAUGUAUGCAUUAGAUAUUAGGUAGCUUCAGUCAAAACACAAUAAACUACAACUCCAGAGACAAUCCAAAUAUGCUAUUGUUGAGAAAUGUUGCAUAUCGCUCCCUUUUUCACAAUUGAACUAUUUAAUGGAUUAGAACUCUUGGACAUGAUGAUAAAAUUUGAGGAGAUCCUUUUAAAAUGAGAGCGACAUGCAAUAUUUCUCAACAUCUUGGAGCAGAAUAAAGAAUCACUGUUCAUAAUGCUGUUAAAAGUGAGGUCAUGUCAUAAUCAUUUAGUUGUGGUUGCCUUCAUGCCACCUUGAUUUCGUUAGUAUGUGUGAACUGGUUUUUGAAAGACACUAAACAUAUCAAUUAAGAAAGCAAUGUAGCCUAAUAAAUUUCUCCUGUACAUUAUAUUUCCUUGUUUAUUACUAACCAAUUUCAAAUCAACUUAAAACUACAAAUUUUUUAUGAAUGUUCGGUGAGUUUUAUAAACCAGUUGCCAAUUCCUUGUUCUGAAUGUCUUCUCUAUUACUAAGGUCACAGUAGUGUCCAAGGUCGCAGUUAAUUUUUGUUGUCUGAAACGGUCAUUUAAAAUUCAUUAAGCUUCAUUUAUACCAAUAUUUGAAGUACGAUUAUAAACCAUAGGUGUUGAGAGGGGAAAAGUCGUUAAAAUUGACCAAGCAGCCUCUGUAAUUUUGGAAAAUGACCAUCUUUGGAAAGCAUUCUGUGUAUGCUUUUAGUAUACUUGUCAACAAAUGUGAUAAGUUUGAGUUUUGAUUAGGCCAAGAGUUCUAUCUCUUGAUGGUGCCAGUGGUGUCAUAUCAGAAAGUGAUUACCCAUAACAUUUGGCAAGAGAAUUCGCCAUUAAAGAUCUGGCAAUCUGAAUAAAUUUUAAUGUUUGACCAAAAUGUGACCUGAGGAACUUCUAUUUGCAACUUGAGGACAUUGCUAAACCACCAUCUCGGAGGUGAUGCCUGCUAAACUUGCAGAGAAAUUACAUGUAGGUCUAUGCAUCGUAUUAGAAUCAAUACAUUGUUUGUAGUUACACUCAUUCUUAUGUGCCAUCUUUAGUGGAAGUUUGCAGGAUCACCUUUUGAGUUCAUGUGAUGAAUGUUAUGCUCUAUUUCCAAUAUUGUCCAAUGCACUUUGGCGGCCCUCCUCAGCAUCUAUGUUGUAUGUACUAGCCAGACAUAACUAACCGAUCAGCUUCAAUACAUCACAGUAUCUAAAUCUAUAUUGAUGCUAAUCUUAAUAGUGGUACAUGUAUCUUAUUUAAUAAAUCUAUUGUCUACCUGUAGUGAUCAGUGUCAGAUCUGGGGGACGGCACAGAGGGUGUACCCCUCUUAUUUGGGAGAAUCUUUGAAACUGACCACGAUUUUUUGGAAAUGACCAUAAAAAUCAUUUUUUUGUCCCCUCUUUCUCUGGAUGUCCCUCUUCCUUAGACUCCCUCCUGUAUCUGGUGGUGGCGGUGGUGGUAUAUCUGUAGGACUAUUUCAUUAGGUAUCUCAGCAGAUUGUAUUCCCACGUAAGAGUACGGGUGACCGGGUCAAAAGACGUGAUGUCCCAGACCCACAUGUCAAGACAGUGACACCGAUGCGAAUAAUCAAAUUAUUUGAGUAGUAAUUGUGCACCUCCUUGAUAUCGUGUCCUAUUUAUAAGUACUAGCAUUUAUGUUAGCUGUUUAUGUUCUGUGAGCUUCUUUGUAUUAACUGCGAUAGUGUUGCAAUAUACUCCAGUGUCACUGUUGUAAGACCGGUUGAUAGAUUAAUACGAAAUCAACACAAUAUCUUGAAACACAGACCCUGAGGUCUUAAAGUCCCUUAAUGAGCUCUACAGUCACCAAGACUGCCUGUUAUUAAGGUGGGAAUUGGACUUAUCAAGGUAAGAUGCUGAACAACAACCAAGCCAGAACAUUAUAUCAUGGCCUUGGGACAAGCUGAUGUCGCCAGUAUAUUGUCUAUUUAGCUUGAAUUGAAUAGUCAGAAUGGUGGUCUUACUUCAGUGAAACUAGAGUACACUGUGGCCAUUGGGGUACGGGUUGUAUUUCAGGAAAGAAGAGUCCAUUGACUAUUUUAGGAGUUAUCCAGGGUAGCAAGUACACCUUCAAAUGCAGGCAAGCUAUAACAUUUCUGAGGAUGUCACACCAGCUUUUGACGUUACAGGACUCGGUCAUGGCGCAAAAUUUCUCUUAUAGUAUACCUGGGGACAGCAACGAGCACCUGGUACCCCUGUGCCCACAGUGCAGUAUGUAUAUGUUGGACCUUUGUGUACACUUUGCCAUGGCAGAAACUUGUGUGUAAAUAUUCAGUAUUUUUAUUGACCAUGUUUAGAAAUACGGUUAUCAUUGUUGAAAUGACCUGUUCGACUUAGAAGUUUCUGAAUAAAAUAAGUUUGAACACA